UGGGGUCUUCGGGAGCUGCGGCCCGCUGUGCUCCAGCGCCUCCGCAGCAGCGUCCGCGACCGCCGUGGACGCGCGCGGUUACCCCGGCCAGCCCUAGUUGCCGGCGGCAGCUCUGUUGCCUCGGCCCGCGCCAGCAGGCUGCGGGGACCCGGAGGCGGGCUGGGGGCGCCGGCAGCGGCAGGAGGCGCUGUAGCGAGUGCUGCGGCGCGGGUCCCGCAGCGGCCGCAGGAGGAGCGGGGCAGGCGCCGUGGGCCGGGCCCCUCCUCCGGCUCCUGCGCGGCCGCCUCCCCCCGGGCUCGGCCGGCGCUCGCUGGCGGUGGCCUCGGUGGGCGCGCGGGGCCAUGGUCGUGGCCCCCUGACGGGCCGCGGCCGCCUCCAUGAAGCGGAAGAGCGAGCGGCGGCCGAGCUGGGCCGCCGCGCCCCCCUGCUCGCAACGCUCCUCGUCGACCUCGCCGGGCGUGAAGAAGAGCCGCAGCUCCACGUCGCAGGAGCUGCACCGUCUGGACAGGCAGGACGACCUGUACCUGGACAUCUCCGAUCGCCUUUGUUUUGCCAUUCUCUACAGCAGACCAAAGAGUGCACCAAAUCUACAUUAUUUCUCCAUAGAUAAUGAACUUGAAUAUGAGAAUUUCUACGCAGAUUUUGGACCACUCAAUCUGGCAAUGGUUUACAGAUAUUGUUGCAAGAUAAAUAAGAAAUUAAAGUCCAUUACAAUGAUUAGGAAGAAAAUUAUUCAUUUUACUGGCUCUGAUCAACGAAAACAAGCAAACGCUGCUUUCCUUGUGGGCUGUUAUAUGGUUAUAUAUUUGGGAAGAACUCCAGAAGAAGCAUAUAGAAUAUUACUGUUUGGAGAUACAUCUUAUAUUCCUUUCAGAGAUGCUGCCUAUGGAAGUUGCAGUUUUUAUAUUACACUUCUUGACUGUUUUCAUGCAAUAAAGAAGGCAAUGCAAUAUGGCUUCCUUAAUUUCAGCUCGUUUGACCUUGAUGAAUAUGAACACUAUGAAAAAGCAGAAAAUGGAGAUUUAAAUUGGAUAAUACCAGACCGAUUCAUUGCCUUCUGUGGACCUCAUACAAGAACCAGACUUGAAAGUGGUUACUACCAACAUUCUCCUGAAACUUAUAUUCCGUAUUUUAAGAGUCACAAUAUUACCACCAUUAUUCGCCUGAAUAAAAAGAUGUACGAUGCCAAACGCUUUACGGAUGCUGGUUUCGAUCACCAUGAUCUUUUCUUUGCGGAUGGCAGCACCCCUUCUGAUGCCAUUGUCAAAGAAUUUCUGGAUAUUUGUGAAAAUGCUGAGGGUGCCAUUGCAGUACAUUGUAAAGCUGGCCUCGGACGAACUGGCACUCUGAUAGCCUGCUACAUCAUGAAGCAUUACAGGAUGACAGCAGCUGAGACUAUUGCCUGGAUCAGAAUCUGUAGACCUGGCUCAGUGAUUGGGCCACAGCAACAAUUUUUGGUGAUGAAACAGACAAGCCUUUGGCUGGAAGGUGAUUAUUUUCGUCAAAAAUUAAGAUGCCAGGAGAAUGGAAAACACAGAGCAGCUGUCUCAAAACUCCUCUUGGGUGUUGAUGACAUUUCAAUAAAUGGGGUCAAGAAUCAAGACAAGCAAGAAUCUGAACUGUACAGUGAUGACGAUGAAAUCAAUGGAGUGACACAAGGUGACAGACUCCGGGCCUUGAAAAGCAGAAGACAAUCAAAAGCAAACACUAUUCCCCUCACAUGUUCCCUAGCUGUGCUGACCUCUGCACUGUGUAGUGUUGUCAUCUGGUGGAUUGUUUGUGACUACAUUCUUCCCAUCCUGCUAUUCUGUCUCGAUGGUUUAAGAGCACAGUAGCCAUCAGGACCCUUUGACAAAUAGCUGCUGUUCCCUCCAUUUCAAGGACUAAAACAGUCUUACGUUAAAAGUAAAAGCCUGUGACCAGAAUUGAAGGAAGACUCUAGGAACAGAAAACUACAACAGGACUUAGCACAAUUUAUUUGAAAACAAAACAGAAUUGCAAAAGCCUUAGUUGCUUUCCACCUAAGAAGUUAAUCCAGUGAAGAAAAUGUCCUCUGGAGUUUAAUUAGCUAAAUGAGUUUGGGUACAAGUGAAUGACUUGAAGGAUCCAACUCUCCUUUUGUAGAAAUGUCUAAAAUGUAACAACAAAAAAGCUGUUGUAAAUUCUGUCUCAGGUGUAAAUAUCUAAGCCCUCUGUUAUCAAGAGAGCUGAGUCGUCUUUGUGGUGCAUGUGUCCCGUGUGAUGGCAAUCAUUUUAGCUGCUGGCCUUCAGAAGAAUUGAGUAUCUGAUGGAGGUUUUUUACUUAUUUAUUUUGUGUUCAUCCUGUGUUCCUGUGUCAAGAUUUAUACAGAUAAAACAGGCAUUACUGAAAUGGUACUUCCCACAAUUUGGUACUAUUUGGUUUAAUCAUCUUCACUUCAGUGUUUGUAAGAUUGUAAUGGUAACUCUGUUAAGUACCCAAGCUGCUUGUCUUCCACCGAAGAGUGCUUUAUUAACGAGAAUCUGUGAAAACCGCAUUUAAACACAGUUGCAUGUUGUGAUACAAAGUGGUGUACUCUGGUAAUCUGAAACUUGCAGGAGAAUACAAUUGAUAGCUUUAGAAGACUCAGGAGAAGGAACUGGCUUCAGAAUUUGAUAGUUGCUGCAUCAAGUCAUUCCUUUGUAUGUCAUUUAGUGUCUGAUGAAUGCCAAGGCUGCCCAUGGUUUCGUUGUCAAUUCAGACAAAUUUAAAUCAUCUUUCCUUUCAUGCAUGGAAAAAACAAAACAAAACACUAUUGCUGUUUUCCCCGGAAACAAAGAUCCCAAAUAAUGGUGGCUUUAUUGCUUCCAUGAAGUCUUUCCCUGUAGCAUAGUAGAUUUUUUUUCUUACAUGAUCAGCCUAAGGCCAUUAACACACACUUUGAUUUCAGUGACAAUUGUCUGCAUCAGAAUUUUAGUUUGUAAAUAUGAGAACUCACUGUUGCCUUUGGUUAGGGAAUACAACUAGUAACUCGUUGCAGAGUGCCUUCUCCCCACAACCCUACUGAAACAUAGCUGUGUCUGUGAUACAAAGCAAUCACAAAAACAGAAUUCAUUUGCUGCUAACAGAAAUGGGGGCCCAAAAUAAAAAUGUUGUAACCACAGUGAUUACUUCCAUAGUCAGAAGUGAUGAAAUGGUUUUAGUUGUCAUUAACCACUUCUUUGCCUGUCCGAGUUGGGAACACGGAGGGGUGCAGUAUUCAGAGGCAACGGCUGAUGGCAGAUACCUUCAUGGCACAGUAUGAAUGCAUCAAGUCAGUAGGCAAUUCCAUUUUUAACAACUGUCUUUUAAACAAAACGUGGGAACAAAGAGUGGAUGGAAUAAACAGGCUAGUCUGUUAAUGCAAAAAAGAAAAAAUCAUUGAAAAGCAGCGGCUCUGUUUGCCGUGUGUACUCUCUUGGAGUGGAGUAAAUAUGAGACUGAGUGCCACUGAGGGGAGAUGGAAGAUGCUGUUGUCUUAGCCCCACAAGCAGCUCCUCCCCAACAGGCACUGUGGGGGGUGAUCACGCCAGCCUUUAAACAUGGGCACCAGAUCACAGAAAAGCAGUGGUUUCCUCUCUCUGGAAAGGAAUAGGCCCAGAGACCCACUUGCCUGAGGGGAAGACUGCUUGUGCGUAAGAUUUGGGUGGGAGGAGGAAAGUUCCAUUUGCUGGGUUGUGGUGGGAGACAAUGCAAAGUAUUCACACUGCCCAUGCAUGAAGCGUUGAAUUCUCAGGGCAACUCUCCCUCCCCUUAUGCUAGUAAAGGCUGUCUCCUCCAUAAAUAAUCCAGGUCCUUUUGAACCAUUCUCGCUUGGGCUUUUUAUUACUUUAGAACAAGUAAAUGUGCUGCCAGCCUUGGCUCCUGCUGAAUACCGUCUCCUUCACAUUGAAUAAGCCACUUGGUGUCUUGGCCAAGUGUGGAAAAUUUGGGCUUCAGUGUGAACCACAGUACUUUUUAUUCGAGAAAUUGCCUUUUCACGUUGGCUACUCAAAUCUGCAGCAAGACUUGCCAUCCCUGUGGCUCUUUAUAAAAUUCCGUGUAUUUAACAGGCUCACCGAAAUUAGUCAUAGGAAAUUAGUGCUUCAGGUGAAUUGCAUAUCACAGCAUUAAGCCUACUGGGGACAUCUCUAGAGACCAGAAAGUCUCUGGGUCUGACUGAUGGAAAAUUCUUCCUGCUGUAAGAGUAGACUCUCCCCACCCCCCUCCUCCUGCAACACACCCAGAUUCUUCUGAGAUUCUAAUUUUGAGUCCUUGAUAUAGAAGACCUUGUUGCUGUGGAAUGUGAAGACAGUGCCUGUCAGAUGGGGAGAUUCCUUUCAUUUAAGAGCCUUAAAUAGCUUUGAAAGUACACCAAGACAGUUUCCAAUGGACUGAAAAUUAGAAACGGUGUUUUUAAAUGCCCUUGAAGCUUUCUGGGGACUCAAAUAGUCAAGAGUCAGGGACAGACCAAAGGAAGGGUGUUUACAAAACCCUGUGGACCCAGAAAUAGAGUCGGAUUCUAUUUUGUAAUGCUGAAGAAAAAUCAGCAAUCUUUCUUCACUACCAGUGAAGAGGGGCUGCUCCUGGGCAGUGCCUCAUUGAAACCCGGAGCCCUACUUGUCAAGUGUAGCUGCUUCCCAGCAGUGAGCCGCUCUUCUCAGUCUCCAGAAUUUUUCAUUUCUAGCACUUGUUCCCCUUAGCCUGUCAGCAACCCACUCCCUUCCCUUUCCUCCUCCCCCCUUUAUAGGGGUAAUUUCUACCUCUUUUCUUGGGCCCAGACAAGUUUUAGAGGAGUUCCCAAGUGUUCUCACGAGGAAGUGUGUCUGCCCUUGGAGCUUGAUCCAGAGUGCGUGCCGUGCGGCCCGGCGGGCUCUCCCGGGAGCUGUUGUGCCAAGGGCUCCUGGAGCCUUUCCUUUGCUUGAAUUGUUCACGACAAAUGAGCAAUGCACUCGUUUGAUGUUUGUUCUAAAAGUGGCUCAACUGCUGCUCUUCCUACUUAAAAAAAAAAAAUUACAUUUUGGAAAACAGUGCUCAACAAUCACAGCUUUAAAGACGUUAUGUUGUUUCUUUAAUAGUUAUUUCCCACUGAAACUGUCCUGGUGAGGCUAACUGCUGCUCUUCCAUCUCUCCUAAAUCUGAGUAUUCCCAAUUUUGCCAAGAGGAAAUACUACAGAUGUGUUUGAAAGACUGGACAAUUCACCUAUACUGUGUAGGAAAUUACCUCCUUACUUACCCAGUAGAAUUCACUGUCAGCAGUCAUUUCAUCUGAUUAUAGUACUGCAGUUUUAUAUUAAUAAUUUGCAGACUUUUAUCUAACCUGCACUCAUGUACAGAUUAUUAAAAGUUUUAAAAUGUAACUGAUUAAUCAGUAUUUGAUCAAUCACUGUCUUGAUUUUUUUAAUUCAAAUGUAUAUUUCUAACCAUAUUUUUUUAAAGCUGAGAGAACUGGUCGAAUGAAUGUUUAUUUUCCUGAAGGUAUUUUUAAGAUAAAGCUUCAUAAUGGCCUGUAAAUUUGGCAUAUCUAUGUAGUUUGAUACAUAUUAUCUCAUUUGAAAAUCUUGUGUAUUGUAACUGGUUUUAUACGAAAUAUCAAAUAGUGGAAAUUGUAUAAUUACGAUCAUGUAAUUAAAAGUAUUAACCAAACAGC